AUGGAAAGCCGAAGACUUUCGACUGCAGAGAAAGGCAAAGGACUCGUCUCCGAUGACUACCAGGCUCCCCGAAAGGCUAGAGUCCAAGUACAAGAACCGGAAAAUGCUUUCCUGCUCCAGAAACACUCACUCACGUUAAUAGGCCGAGUAACCAACCCAUCGGCUCAAAAAUUUUGGUCAUUAAUACCAUUCUUCACAGAGAAAUGGAGCACUGAAACCCGUCCAAUUGGAGCUGAUCUUGGACAAGGAAUGUUCCAGUUUCAGUUCUCAAACGAGGAGGAUCUACUCAACAUCCUCGACAAGAGACCCUACCAUUUUGCUAAAUGGAUGAUUAUAGUGGAACGAUGGAGACCGACUACUGCCCCAGACUUCCCAUCCCUCAUUCCAUUCUGGAUAAAAAUUCAGGGGAUUCCCGUACACCUCUGGACUGAAGACACGGUUAGAACUCUUGGAAGCAACAUAGGCAUUUUCGAGGAAGCGGACAUCACCUCACUUACCGUACGCAUGAGGGUACAAGUGAAUGGAAGACUCCCGCUCCUCACAAGCUCAGUGGUGGAGUAUCCAAACGGUGAUGAAGUAACAGCCACCCUUGUCUACGAGAAGCUAGAGAAACACUGCUCGAAAUGCUUUCGACUAGACCAUGAACUGAGGGACUGUCCGGAUGGAUUCUCCUCGGGAUUCUUUCAGUCCAAUUGGGAUUCCAUUGGAACUGAUAUUGUCAAAGAAGUGCAAGAGUUUUUCGAAACCAGUAAGCUCCCAGCAAAGAUUAACGCGACUUUUAUCCGACUCAUCCCAAAAGUUACUGGGCCGCAAGCAGUCACGGACUAUCGACCGAUAGCAUUAUGCAACGUCUACUACAAGAUUAUCUCUAAGAUCUUGACAAAGCGACUGCAACCUCUACUCACGGAAAUCAUCUCAGAAACUCAAUCCGCCUUUGUUCCGGGAAGAGCAAUUGCAGAUAAUGUCUUGAUCACCCAUGAAGUUCUCCACUACCUCCAAACCUCUAAAGCGGAGCAGCGGGUCUCUAUGGCUGUCAAGACGGAUAUGAGUAAAGCUUAUGACAGAUUGGAGUGGGAGUUUAUCCAGCUUGUUCUUGAAAGACUUGGAUUUCAUCAUCGAUGGAUCUCAUGGAUCAUGGAAUGUGUUUCUUCUGUUACUUACGCCUUCCUCAUCAACGGCUCGCCUAGAGGAAGAGUUAAACCGAGUAGGGGUAUCCGACAAGGUGACCCACUCUCACCAUACAUCUUCAUCUUGUGUAGUGAGGUGCUCUCGGGACUUUGUAAUAGAGCUCAAGAAGCUGGUCGGCUGACCGGCAUUCGAGUGGCAAAUGAGAGUCCAAGGAUAAAUCACCUUCUCUUUGCGGACGACACAAUGUUCUUUCUCAAGGCCGAUCCGGAAAAUGCAACCGCCUUGCAAUCGAUCUUGACUAGCUAUGAGACAGCAUCCGGUCAAUCAAUCAACACCAGCAAAUCCUCCAUUACUUUCUCUCGAAGAGCGCCAAACUCCGUCAAGACACAGAUCAAGGACUGUCUACAAAUCCAAAAAGAAGGUGGCACCGGGAAAUAUCUUGGUUUACCCGAGGUUUUUGGUCGACGAAAACGGGAUCUUUUCACAUCCAUAGUGGACAGAAUAAAGAUCAAGGCAAGCAGUUGGUCGAAAAGGCACUUAUCCGCAGCGGGUAAAAUGGUGAUGCUCAACAGUGUCCUUUCUCCUAUCCCGUCCCACGCCAUGACGUGUUUCAAGCUCCCAAAAUCUCUCAUCACUCGAAUCCAAUCAGCGGUAACAAGAUUUUGGUGGGACGACAAAGAUGGAAAGAAAAAGAUUGAUUGGGUUUCCUGGACUAAGAUGACUCAACCAAAGGACAAAGGAGGCCUAGGAUUCAGGGACUUUGAGAGUUUCAAUGACGCUUACCUGGCCAAACUGAGUUGGCGACUGAUCCAUAACCCCUCCUGCCUACUCAGUCGCAUUCUGCAGGGGAAGUACUUUGGAAAUUCAUCUUUCCUCGAAGCAUCAAACAAAGCUGUGGAGUCACAUGGAUGGCGAGGGCUAAUGAUAGGCAGAGACCUCAUACUGAAAAACACUGGUUGGGUUGUUGGAAACGGAGAAUCUAUCAACAUAUGGGAAGCGCCAUGGCUGAGUCUUGAGGAAAAGAGACGACCAAUGGGACCACCUCCUCUUACGCAGCUAAACAUGAAAGAGGAAGAGACUAUUCUAAGCCUGAAACCAAGUAAAACCGGGGCUCCGAACAAACUGAUAUGGCUAGGCACCACCUCUGGAGAGUACACGACUCGCUCAGGAUAUAAAACGGCCCUGAAGGAGCAGAACGCUAAUCUAGAAGACCCCCUGGCUACUGACAUCAACUGGGUUCGAUAUAUCUGGAAGAUAGAAACUGCCCCGAAAGUCAAGUUGUUUCUAUGGAAGGUCUUUUGUGCGGCACUCCCGGUAGGAAGCAAUCUUGCUGCCCGCAACAUAACAAACUCGACCCUAUGCAAUCUAUGUAACACCACUGAAUCUACCAAUCAUCUUUUUCUUCAAUGCAACUUCGCUCAAAAAGUAUGGAGCCUCGCUCCUUUCUCACAAAGUGUUGAUGUUAGAGGACUGGUAGAUUUAGCUUCCUGCUGGCAUUCUCUGUGUACUCUAGAGUGUCUCCCACCUUCGGGGGUUUCAGGGCAACUUGCUCCGUGGAUUCUUUGGGGUAUCUGGCUCGCGCGCAAUAAUCUGAUCUUCAACAACAAGCAGUCAUCACCCGAGGAAGUCAUCUCAUCGGCCAUAAGCGCAGCAAGGGAAUGGCUCUCUGAACAGGUCAAGACUCCAACCCUUACACCGACUCCUCUACCUAGAGAGACAAGACCACCGCACACAACCGUGGUAUAUUCAGACGCAGCGUGGCAAGCAGACCGGAGAACAGCGGGAUUAGGAUGGACCAUCAGAGAGGACAACUCCACUACACAACGAAUGUCACAUUGUUACUUCGUUGCUUCCCCACUCGUAGCGGAAGGACUAGCACUGAGAGAGGCAAUGACGGACUGUGUCGCCAGGGACACUAGGCGGCUACACUGCAACACGGAUUCUCUAAUCCUCUUCAACGCUCUGAAAUCAGGGACUCCGAUCGCAGAACUGUAUGGUAUCUUAGCUGAUAUUAUCAGCUUGUCUUCGGCUUUUGAACAUUUUUCUAUCUCUUGGAUUCGAGGUACAUAUAACAAGGAAGCUGAUGCUCUGGCAAAGCAAGCCUUGUUAAAUGCGUUUGUUGUACCAGCCCCCUACAGGGCCUAA